AUGUCUCCCCCAACACGACAGUUGAAUAGGCUAUCAAUCGGUGCUGAAACCAUGUCUGAAGCCAGGGCCCAAUCAACAGACGACGAGGGGGGAUAUGCAUCUGGAUCUGCCGUUCGUGGUCGUUCUGGAAUCACUUAUGAUCUAAGCAAUCUAGAUUCUGAUGCUAAAGCUCGGGCCUUGGUGGGCUUGACUAGAGAUCUCGAAGUCGUCAAUUGCAGUGCUUCUCCCGCUGGCUAUGAGUUCCAGAUCAUCGAACAUCCUAGAGUUUAUCUUAGCGAAGAUUCAUAUACCUGUACAUGUCCGACCUUUCAACGACGGCCUGAUGUUGCCUGUCAUCACAUCUUUGGGGUGAUUGAUCAGGUCCGUGGCUGUAUCGACUCUAGACCUUCAACAUCGGUAACCCUAACCAAGGACGGCCACCCCCAGCUGACACCGCGCAUUGAAGAUUUACUCAAAGGACAGUUAGAUGUAGUGGCAGGACGACUCAACUGGCAGCACCUGCGGGUAGACGAGGAUGGUAGAAAGACGGGGAUGACCCGAGAACAGCGAGUACGAGACGUCAUGUCCGCCUUCGACAAGCAAGUUCUCCCAGAAGAUUACCGCCAGGAUCUAAAGGAGAAGGCAGAGCAAGGUCGCACACCCGAGCAAUGUGUGGUACAGGGAGAUUUCGAAGCCACAAUUUUCAGACUGGCUGUGCACGACGACAGUCUUUUCAGCAGUCUAGGCAAGGUUAUGCCAGCCGGGGCAUGUGCGGCAAUCUACUUCGACAAGAUUCAGGAACACAUACGUCGAUUACUUGCCGAUUUCGACCGGUACUGCGCGACAGGAGAAAUUCCUGCAGAAGCCAGCGCUCCGAGCAGUGUGGAAGUGGACGACGUAGUACAUUAUUUACGUCGUGCUGUGGAUCUUAUUCACGAUAAUAUUACUUCUCGAUCCCCUUACGGUGCCGAAGGCGCCACAGCAGCUCUCGUUACCAUACUCGAAGCGGUUGUUUCGCGGAAUAAGGACGCUCUCGAGGGGAAUACCUGGGGCUGUGAAUCAUUCCACGGUGAAGAUGAGGAUCAACGCAACCUGUACCAUUUGUUGAUAGGUUCGGAGGACAUGGAUCUGGAUCCAAACGCUAAGCUGUUCAUCCUUGACGCUCUAGAAGUCCUUCCUCCCUCCGAUCUCAUGCAAUGGGUCCAGCGACUACGGGAUGCGCAGGGUAGGAUUGAGGUGAACCGCGCACCAAAACUGUACCUGCUCAAACUGGGUGCUAUAGUUCGGAUGGCUGAGUCGGCUGCAACAGGACCUUCGGGACAGAAGCGGCCAGCAGUAGGGAGCUCAGGAGGGUAUUCGAAACGAAGUCGAUGA